AAUAAUUAAAAGAUUCUUGUUUGCACUGGCUUCAUUAUAGCUCCCUUUUCUUCAUUACUGGUGUCUAAAGUUUUUCUUUUCAUCUACUGAUUGACAUAGCAAAGAAUAAAACAAGCUACCUUGUGAUGAUUGGUAGCUGCUAAUGAGAACUAAAUAAAGUGGUGACGUAGGCAAGUGAGACAUGGACAGGUGGCACCAUAGGUCUGGAGUGUGCAGUUUUGCUUGUGGACCCAGAGCCAGGUGAGGUGGGGACAUCACAGUGUUCCCCAGCCUUUGGGCAGUGUUGGUGUGCUUGCUUCUCAGGAUUGCUAAGAUAAUAUAGUGUAUCCUUGGCUUUUGAAAAUAAUUUUAGGGGUGCCCUAAAUCCUCACAAGCACAUUUGUUUUGCUUUUAAAUGUUAAACUCAGUAAAUGUGUGCAGCUAAGUGUCUGACUUUAAUUAGGCAUACUUGAAGAUGUAGAAGGUAGUUUUGUAAUUACUAUGUCCUCUGUAAGGCUUACAUAUCUAUCUAUCUGUCCAUCCGAGGGUCUUGUGCAUUCUAGACAGUCACUUUGUCAUUGAGCUAGGCAGCUAGCUUAUGUUUUUGAUUUACGCUUUCAGCUGCAGAGUUUUGGUAACAUGGUAGUAGUAAGGUUAAGUUAAACAGUAGGUGAUGGAGCCCCACCACACCUGUAAUUGCAGCACAGGAAGCUGAGGGAGGAGGUUUGUGAGUUAUGGACUAGCCUGGGCUACAUAGUGAGAUCCUAUUUUUGUUUUGUUUUUAAAAAGAGAAAAAAUGAUGAUGGAGAUUUGUGUUCAGACACUCCAGUGUGUCUUCUUACUCUAAGACUUACUUAAUGAGUCAUCCUGAUGAGAACCAGUGGUAUGAAUUCCAGCCCAUCAUAGAGAGCCCUCCUAAAGUGCUGGUACUGCUACAUUUUAACUUGUCCCUUAAAUUCAGGAUUUUUGCUUGUUUGUUUGUUUGUUUUGUUUUGUUUUUGUGGUACUGGGAUUUGAACUCAGGUCCUUCAUCUUGAGCCACUCCCAGCCCUAUUUUUGUGAGAUAGCGUCUCUCAAACUAUUUUCCCGGGCUGGCUUCAGCCACCAGUGCCCAGCUAAAUUCAGGUUUUGAAGGGAGUGCUUUCCUUUACCAUUGGACUGUAGAUGUUUUUCUUUUUUCUUUUCUCUCUUUUUUUGGCAGCAUUGGGGUUUAAACUCAGGACCUCACGCUUACUAUUCAGGAGCUCUACAACUUGAGCAACACUGACAGCCCUCUUUGUGAUCAGUUUUUUGAGAUAGGGUCUUGCGAGCUGUUUGCCUGGGUUGGCUGCAAACCUCAAUCCUCCCGAUCUUUGCCUCCUGAGUAGCUAGGGUUAUAGGCAUGAGCCACUGGCACCCAGCAUAAAAUGUAUUUUUUUUCUGUUGUGAAUUAUGAACAGCUAAUAAUCAUAAUGUUGUAUCCUUGUACUUUGGUGGACCUAGUUAUUUCUAAUGUUCAAGCUUGUCAUCAGUUUAGAUGAGUAUUAUAUAUAUAUAUAUAUAUAUAUAGUUGGUACUGAAAAUGUUAAGUUAAUUGAUGUUAGAAAAUGUUCAGAAGGAUUCUUUAAGAUUCAGCCCGAGGGCUGGGCAUGGUGGUUACAGCUGUAAUCCCAGGUACUUGGAAAGCAAACAUUGGGAGAAUUGAAGUUCAAGACUACUGCAAAAAUGUUGGUGAGACUCUUAUCUUAAUAAAUAAGCAGGGUUGGUCAUGAGCCCCAGCUAUAAAGGAGGCAUAGGUAGAAGAAUCUCUCUCCAAGGCUGGCCCUGGGCAAAAAUGUGAGAUCAUAUUGAAAAAACAAAGUAAAAAGGGCAGUCUCAUGUGACCUGAGUUAUUUGGAAUGAGUUAAGAGUUGACUGGAUGUGCAAAAUGGCAGAUGGGCCUGAGUCUGCAAAGGAAUCAAGUGCUGACUAGCAUGGACAAGAGAUCAGUUGUGGGUGGUAUCUUCAGAGGCAGCUGUCCGACUCAGGAGAAGACCAGGCCGAUACAGGUAAGUGAGGCCCUGAGGAUAUGGAAGAGAAUGAGAUGUAGUUCCAGAGAGGUUUUUCUAGUAGGUACUAAUUGGUGUGUAUUGGGACAUUUUAAUUAAUUAAUCAACUAACCGGUUAACCAGUUAAUUAAUUAAUGUUUUUGUGGGGUUGGGGUUUGAACUUCACACUUGCAAAGCAGGUGCUCUACCACUUGAACCACAUCUCUAAUCCAUUUCGCUCUGUUUAUUUAUUUUUCAGUCAUCAACUUUUGUUACAACUCACAUCUUCACAAAAAAAAGGAAUGUUGAAAAGAGGUCCAAUUAUUAUGAAAAAUAAAUUCAGGUUUUUACAAUCGCUGUAUUCACACGUGGGAGCUGGACUUUCCCCACAAUCAGGUGCAGCAGCUGUCACAUGCCUCUUUGCAGACACAGCCCUGGGCACACUUGGCACAGUCCACAGGGCAGGAGGAGCAGCAGCUCUUCUUGUACCAGAACUCACAGCCCUGCUGGAGUUAACACCCAGUCUUCAGCAGCACUGACUUCCCACCAUGGAAUCGACAGUUGAUGACGAAGCGAUGGCAGCAUAAAUGAAGAUCAAGUGAGGGGAGCAGAACGAUGCCCAAGGGUGGGUGUUCUAAAACACCACAGCAAGAAGACUUUUCUCUCAGCAACGACAUGGUGGAGAAACAAACUGGGAAAAAGGAUAAAGAUAAAGUUUCUCUAACCAAGACCCCAAAGCUGGAACGCAGUGAUGGAGGGAAGGAGGUGAGAGAGCGAGUCACCAAACGGAAGCUGCCCUUCACAGUGGGGGCCAAUGGAGAGCAGAAAGACUCGGACACAGAGAAGCAGGGUCCUGAACGGAAGAGGAUCAAGAAGGAGCCUGUUGCCCGCAAGUCUGGGCUGCUGUUUGGCAUGGGGCUGUCUGGGAUCCGAGCUGGCUACCCACUUUCUGAGCGCCAGCAAGUGGCUCUCCUCAUGCAGAUGACAGCCGAGGAGUCUGCCAACAGCCCAGUAGACACAACACCAAAGCACCCUUCCCAGUCUACAGUGUGUCAGAAGGGGACGCCCAACUCUGCCUCAAAAACCAAAGAUAAAGUGAACAAGAGAAACGAGCGAGGAGAGACCCGCCUCCACCGAGCCGCCAUCCGGGGGGAUGCCCGGCGCAUCAAGGAGCUUAUCAGUGAGGGCGCGGAUGUGAAUGUCAAGGACUUCGCAGGCUGGACAGCGCUGCACGAGGCGUGCAACCGGGGCUACUAUGACAUCGCCAAGCAGCUGCUGGCCGCAGGUGCGGAGGUGAACACCAAGGGCCUGGAUGAUGACACACCUUUACAUGAUGCUGCCAACAACGGGCACUACAAGGUGGUGAAGUUGUUAUUACGGUAUGGCGGAAACCCUCAACAAAGCAACAGGAAAGGCGAGACGCCAUUGAAAGUAGCCAACUCCCCAACGAUGGUGAAUCUCCUGUUAGGCAAAGGCACAUACACUUCCAGUGAGGAGAGCUCCACUGAGAGCUCUGAAGAGGAGGAUGCCCCAUCAUUUGCACCGUCUAGCUCUGUCGAUGGCAAUAACACGGACUCUGAGUUUGAAAAGGGCCUGAAGCUCAAGACUAAGAAUCCAGAGCCACAGAAAACUGUUACUCCUGUCAAGGAUGAAUAUGAGUUUGACGAGGAUGAUGAGCAGGACAGGGUUCCUCCUGUGGAUGACAAGCACUUGCUAAAGAAGGACUACAGGAAGGAAACUAAGUCAAACAGCUUCAUUUCAAUACCCAAAAUGGAAGUGAAGAGUUACACAAAAAAUAACACGCUUGCACCAAAGAAGGCGGCCCAUCGCAUCUUGUCAGACACGUCCGAUGAGGAGGACGUAACUGUUGCUGUAGGGGCCGGAGAGAAGUUGAGGCUUUCGGCACACACCAUGCUGCCCAGUAGUAAGGCAAGAGAGUCUUCCAGUUCCAGGCAGCAGAAGGAAAAAAAUAAAGUGAAAAAGAAGCGAAAGAAAGAAAUAAAAGGCAAAGAAGUACGGUUUGGAAAGAGGAAUGACAAGUUCUGUUCUUCUGGGUCAGAAAGUGAGUCCUCAGAGAGUGACGAGGAUGAUGGAGACUCCGUGGGGAGCUCAGGCUGCCUCAAGGGUUCCCCACUGGUGCUGAAGGACCCCUCCCUGUUCAGCUCACUGUCUGCCUCCUCCACCUCAUCACAUGGCAGCACAGUGGCCCAGAAGCAUAACCCCAGCCACACUGACCAGCACGCCAAACACUGGCGCACGGACAAUUGGAAAGCCAUCUCUUCCCCAGCCUGGUCUGAGGUCAGCUCUUUGUCAGACUCCUCAAGGACGGGACUAACAAGCGAGUCUGACUGUUCCUCUGAGGGCUCCAGCGUGGAGUCGCUGAAGCCUGCAAGGAGGAAGCAGGAACACCGCAAGAGGGGCAGCCUGCAGAGUGCUCAGCCCGAGAAGAGGAGCACCUUCCACCCCAGCACGGAUGGCGCUGUCCCCAAGCUGGACAAGGAAGGGAAGGUCAUCAAAAAACACAAGACAAAACACAAACACAAAAGUAAGGAAAAGGGGCAGUGCUCAGUCAGCCAGGAACUUAAACUGAAAAGCUUUACAUAUGAAUAUGAAGACUCCAAGCAAAAGCCAGAUAAGGCCAUCCUCUUAGACAAUGACAUUUCCACUGAAAAUAAGUUGAAAGUGUUGAAGCACGACAGAGACCAUCUUAAGAAAGAAGAGAAACUUGGCAAGAUGAAGUCAGAGGAAAAAGAGUGGCUAUUUAAGGAUGAGGUCCUCAAGGUCUCCAAGGAUGAGAAGGCACUGAAAAGAAUCAAAGACAUGAACAAAGACAUUUGCAGGUCUUUCCGGGAAGAGAAAGACCGUUCCAGUAAAGCAGAAAGGGAGAAAUCCUCGAAGGAAAAGUCUCCCAAGGAGGAGAAACUGAGAUUGUACAAAGAGGAGAGGAAGAAAAAAUCCAAAGACCGACCCUCCAAGUUGGAAAAGAAGAAUGACAUGAAAGAGGACAGGGUUUCCAAGGAGAAGGAGAAGGUGUUCAAAGAUGACAAAGAAAAACUCAAAAAGGAAAAGGCAUACAGGGAAGAUGCUGCUUUUGAUGAAUAUUGUAACAAAAAUCAAUUUCUAGAGAAUGAGGACACCAAAUUCAGUCUUUCUGAUGAUCAGCAAGAUAGGUGGUUUUCCGACCUGUCUGAUUCCUCCUUUGAUUUCAAAGGGGAGGACAGCUGGGACUCUCCAGUCACAGACUACAGGGACAUCAAGAGUGACUCAGUAGCCAAACUUAUCCUGGAAACAGUGAAAGAGGAUAAUAAGGAAAGGAAGCGGGACAAUAAAGCCCGGGAAAAGCGAGACUUCAGAGACUCUUUCUUCCGAAAGAAAGACAGGGACUUUUUAGACAAGAACUCUGAGAAGAGGAGAGACCAAAUAGAAAAGCAUAAAAGCAUCCCCAGCUAUCUCUCUGAGAAAGACAAGAAAAGGAGAGAGUCUGCUGAAGGUGGGCGGGAUAGGAGGGACCCCCUGGAGGGUUCCCGGGAGCGGAGGGAUGGGCGUAUGCGGCCUGAUGAGGUGCACAGGGAGGACCUGAAGGAGUGUGGCUGCGAGACCACCUUCAAGGACAAGCCGGACUGUGACUUUGCCAAGAGCCUGGAGCCCUGGGAACGGCCCCAUGCAGCACGAGAGAAGGAGAAGAAAGAUGGUCUGGAAAAAGAAAGAAAGGAAAAGAUGAGGACAGAAAAAUACAAAGAUAAGUCCAGUGAGAGAGACAGAAAUGAGAAGUCCAUCCUUGAGAAGUGUCAGAAGGACAAGGAAUUUGAUAAAUGUUUUAAAGAAAAGAAAGAUGGCAAGGAAAAGCAUAAAGAGCUGCAUGGCAAAGACAAAGACAGAAAAGUGUCACUUGACCAAGCGAGAGAGAAGAAGGAGAAAACAUUCUCUGGAAUCAUCUCGGAAGACUUUUCUGAAAAAAAAGAUGACAAAAAGGGAAAAGAAAAGAGCUGGUACAUCGCCGACAUAUUCACAGACGAAAGUGAAGAUGAGAAAGAUGGUUACAUGGCCAGUGGGUUCAAGGUUGGAGAGGCCAGUGAGGUGCAGAGAGUGGACAGCCUUCAAGAGAAGGAAGAUGGGAGAGAGCCACAUCCCUCAGACAGGCACAGGAAGUCCUCUUCUGACAGGCAGCAUUCAGAGAAGCCAAGAGACAAAGAAUCCAAGGAGAAGAAAAAGGACAGAGGUGCUGCCGAAGUCGGGAAGGACAAGAAGGAAAAGAUCUUUGAGAAGCACAAAGAGAAGAAGGAUAAAGAGUGUAUGGAAAAAUAUAAGGACAGGAAAGACAGAGCUUCUGUCGACUCUGCCCAAGAAAAGAAAAAUAAACAGAAACUCCCUGAGAAGGUGGAGAAGAAGCAUUCUGGUGAAGACAAGGCCAAGAGUAAGCACAAGGAUAAGCUAGAGAAAGAGCACUCCCGAGAGAGAAAGGCCUCUCGGGGCACUGAGGUGGAGAAGAGCCUGCUGGAGAAGCUGGAGGAGGAGGCUCUGCAUGAAUAUCGAGAGGACUCCAAUGACAAAAUCAGUGAGGUUUCAUCCGACAGCUUUGCAGACCGGGGCCAGGAGACAGGCCUGAGUACCCUCCUGGAGGUGUCCUUCUCAGAGCCGCCAUUGGAGGACAAGACCAGGGAGAGCUCCUGUCUCGCAGACAAGCUGAGGGAGAAAGAAAGGCACAGGCACUCCUCAUCAUCCUCCAAGAAAAGCCACGAGCGGGAGCGAGCCAAGAAGGAAAAGGCUGAGAAGAAAGAAAAGAGUGAUGACUACAAGGACAGCUGCAGCAGGAAGGACUCUAGCCAAUACGAAAAGGACUUCUUGGAUGCUGACACUUAUGGGAUUGCUUAUACCACGAAAGCUGACAUCGAAGAGGAGCUAGAUAAAACCAUUGAAUUAUUUUCUGCUGAAAAGAAAGACAGAAAUGAUUCUGAAAGAGAACCUUCCAAGAAAAUAGAAAAGGAACUAAAGCCCUACGGAUCUAGUACCAUCAACAUCCUGAAGGAGAGGAAGAAGAGAGAGAAGCACAGGGAGAAGUGGAGAGACGAGAAGGAGAAACACAGGGACAAGCAUGCAGAUGGGUUCCUGAGGCACCAUAAGGAUGAGCCGAAGCUCGUAGCCAAAGACAAGGACAACCCUCCAAACUCCUUCAAGGAGAAGUGCAAAGAGGAGACUUUAAAGCUCAGUGAGGCCAAGCUGAAGGAGAAGUUCAAGGAGAACACAGAGCGAGACAAGGGCGACCCUGUGAAGAUGAGCAAUGGGAAUGAGAAGCUCCCAUCCAGAGACCCAGGCAAGAAAGACACCAGGCCCCGGGAGAAGCUUCUAGGAGAUGGCGACCUGAUGAUGACGAGCUUUGAGAGGAUGCUGUCCCAAAAGGACCUGGAGAUCGAGGAGCGGCACAAGCGGCACAAGGAGCGCAUGAAGCAGAUGGAGAAGAUGAGGCACAGGUCUGGAGAUCCCAAGCUCAAGGAGAAGAUGAAGCCCAUGGAUGAUGGGCGAAAGAAGAGCCUGGACAUUCCUUCAAAAAAACCUCUGGGGCUGGACCCUCCUUUUAAAGACAGAAAGCCCAAGGAAUCAACUCCCUUGCUGCCCACCGCCGAAAGCAAGCCACAUACAGGACCAGGUGCAGAGUCCAAAGACUGGCUAGCUGGGCCACCACUGAAGGAAGUCCUGCCUGCAUCACCCCGGCCUGAGCAGGGCCGGCCCACUGGGGUGCCCACCCCCACCUCUGUUGUGUCAUGCCCCAGCUAUGAGGAAGUGAUGCACACGCCCAGGACCCCAUCCUGCAGCGCUGACGAUUACCCCGACCUGGUGUUCGACUGCGCUGACUCCCAACACUCAAUGCCUGUCUCCACCACGUCCACCAGCGCCUGCUCCCCGCCCUUUUUUGACAGAUUCUCUGUGACCUCCAGUGGGGUUUCUGAAAACCCAGGUCAGACACCCACGAGGCCAGUCUCUGCCAGUUUGUACCGCUCAAUCUCUGUGGACAUCAGGAGGACCCCCGAGGAGGAAUUUAGUGUUGGGGACAAGCUGUUCAGGCAGCAGAGUGUCCCUGCGGCCUCCAGUUUUGACUCCCCAGUGCAGCACUUACUAGAGGACAAGGCUCCUCUGCCUCCUGUUCCCACAGAGAAAUUUGCCUGCCUGUCCCCAGGGUAUUACUCCCCAGACUACGGUAUCCCCUCACCCAAGGCAGACACUUUGCACUGCCCACCAACCACUGUGGUUAACACCACACCAUCCCCAGAGGGUGUCUUCUCCAGCCUACCAGCAAAGUCCUCCCCUUCCCCCAGGGGCGAGUUGCUAGCCCCAACCAUUGAAGGGGCCCUGCCUCCAGACCUGGGCCUCCCUCUGGAUGCCACAGAGGACCAGCAGGCCACAGCUGCCAUCAUCCCCCCAGAGCCCAGCUACUUGGAGCCCCUGGACGAGGGCCCCUUCAGCACUGUCAUCACAGAGGAGCCUGUCGAGUGGGCCCACCCUACCACUGAGCAGGCCCUUUCUUCCACCUUAAUUGCGAGUGCCUCCGAAAACUCUGUCAGUUGGCCUGUGGGCCCUGACCUUCUGCUAAAGUCUCCACAGAGGUUCCCAGAAUCCCCAAAACAUUUCUGCCCCACAGAAUCCCUCCACCCCACGGCCCCAGGCCCCUUCAGUGCUGCCGAGCCACCGUACCCUGUUUCUCCAGUAUCUUACCCUUUGCCGGCUACUGAGCCAGGCCUGGAAGAAGUCAAAGGUGACGGGGCAGGAGCAGUCCCAGCUGCCAUGUCUGCUGCAGAAGGAGCCGCUCCAUACACUGCUCCUGCCAGGCUGGAAUCCUUCUUUGGCAACUGUGAGUCACUUCCGGAUACACCCCUUGACACAACCCCCGAGUCCACGUGCGUCACUACUGUGGCUCAGGUGGAGGCUCUGGGGCCUCUGGAGAGCAGCUUCCUAGAGAGCGGCCAUAGCCUACCCACCCUCGGCCAGGUGGAGCCAGGGCCCUGGCACGACGCCUUUGUCAGCCCCGAGGAUGAUCUGGACCUGGGGCCCUUCUCACUGCCAGAGCUCCCUCUCCAGGCCAAAGACACUUCAGACGUUGAGGCAGAAGCUGUGGAGGGAAUUCCCAUUCCUCCAGAAGAGAGCCCUCUGGGAGCCACUGAAGUCCUCAGUGGUGAGGGUGUCUCCACACUAGUGGCUGAGGGACAGCCAGCACCAUCUGAGCAGUCACCCUCCCAGCCCCACACCGAGCCCGAGCCCUCAGAAGGGCCGAAGACACAUGUAGCUGCAGAAGCCAUGGCAGAAGUAGAGACUGUGGCAGACAAGAGGGCCCCUGAGGACUCUAACUCCAGCUUGGUGCCUGUGCCUGGGCCCCCUGAACAGUGUCCCAUGAGGGGUAAUGAGGAGACAGAGACUGAAGAUCCCUGUGCCACUCCCCACUGUGUGCCUGAUGGCCCUAGUGUGGAUGGCGUAACACAGGCACUUGACAGCGCCGAGGCCACUCAUGCCACUGCCCCUGUCCCUCCUCCUGUCCCUGCCCCUGCAGAAGGGCCCCCAGGCAGUGUCCAGCCAGAGGCCACAGAUCCGGAGCCUAAGCCUAUGGCCGAAACCCCUAAGAACCCCAAGGUGGAGGAGGUCCCUCAGCGCAUGACCAGGAAUCGGGCCCAGAUGCUGGCUAGCCAGAGCAAGCAGAGCACACCCCCUCCAGAGAAGGAACCAGCGCCUGCCCCUGCCUCCAGAGCCAAGGGCCGAGCCUCUGAGGAGGAGGAUGCCCAGGCUCAGCACCCCCGCAAGCGCCGUUUUCAGCGCUCCAGCCAGCAGCUGCAGCAGCAGCUGAAUACAUCCACACAGCAGACACGGGAGGUCAUCCAGCAGACACUGGCUGCCAUCGUGGAUGCCAUCAAGCUGGACGCCAUCGAGCCCUACCACAGUGACAGGUCCAACCCAUACUUUGAGUACCUUCAGAUCAGAAAGAAGAUCGAAGAAAAGCGCAAGAUCCUCUGCUGCAUCACACCGCAGGCGCCCCAGUGCUAUGCCGAGUACGUCACCUACACGGGGUCCUACCUCCUGGACGGCAAGCCCCUCAGCAAGCUGCACAUCCCCGUGAUUGCACCUCCUCCUUCCCUUGCGGAACCCCUGAAGGAAUUGUUCAAGCAGCAGGAGGCCGUACGAGGGAAACUACGUCUGCAGCACAGCAUCGAGCGGGAGAAGCUAAUUGUGUCCUGCGAGCAGGAGAUCCUGCGGGUUCAUUGCCGGGCAGCCAGGACCAUUGCCAACCAGGCAGUGCCCUUCAGUGCGUGCACAAUGCUCCUGGACUCUGAGGUAUACAACAUGCCUCUGGAAAGCCAGGGUGACGAGAACAAGUCUGUGCGAGAUCGCUUCAAUGCCCGCCAGUUCAUCUCCUGGUUACAGGACGUGGACGACAAGUACGACCGUAUGAAGACAUGCCUCCUGAUGCGACAACAGCACGAGGCCGCAGCCCUCAAUGCUGUGCAGAGAAUGGAGUGGCAGCUGAAAGCCCAGGAGCUGGACCCUGCCGGGCAUAAGUCUCUUUGUGUGAAUGAGGUGCCCUCCUUCUAUGUGCCCAUGGUCGAUGUCAACGAUGACUUUGUGCUGCUGCCGGCUUGAGACCUACAGGAGGGCUGCAGGACAUAGACGAGGGCUGCGCAGUCACCCAGUGCUGCCCAUGAGUCCCAGCGGUGGUGGAGGAGGACGCACCGUGUGCACCAGGUGGGAGGAGCCCAGAGACUGCACCUGGCCACGCAUCUCCCCCUUCCAGACUGGCCCAGAUGCCAGGGAGGCAGAACAUGUCUCUGCAGGGAGCACGAGGCCCGCACACGCAGAGCCUCGCCCAUCUGUGGGAGGAGACUGGCACGCAGACACACAGCGGCUGUCUCAGAGAAUGGCGCCCUUGGGUCUUCUUCCAGCCAACUGCAGAUUACUUGAGGAGUUGGAGAACAGAGUUCAUUUUUAAAUUCCUCGUUCCAUUCUGAUCAAUUAAAGGAAAUAAACUAAGGCAUCCACCUUGCACAGUGACCUUCAGGUGGAGGGGCAGGAGAGUGCCAUACCGCAUGGUCCUCCAGAUAGGCUGGGACACUGGGACGCCGGUGCCUGCAAGGACCCGGCCACCACCUCCCCGGCCGCAGAGGGACACAGCCAGGGCUCUCCGGUCGUGUUUAAUGGGGUCAAAUCCUCGUGGUUUGUAUAUUUUUCCUUCAAUCUUGGGCAUUUUGUUUCUCUUUCUGAGAACGUAACUUGAAACACUACAGAGCCAAUAAUCCUAUAAAAAGAGUGUAUCCGCAAACGCUGUACAGUUUUAUAUACAUCCACAAUGUACUUUUGCUGCCUUCUAGAUAAUUUAUUUUGCAACACAUUACUGCACAGUUGUAAAUAACUUAUGUACUGUAACAUCACUUUCAGUUAUGUGUAAAGAAAUAAAAAAUAAAUUAAUUAAAAUGCUCUUUUUCAUGCAUCCCUCCCUCCCA